UUUUUAAAUUUCCCUUUCACUUUCUCACCCUUUCUCAUAAACUUUCUCACCACUCUAAACACACUCUCCACCAUUUUCCGCCACUCUCACUCAAGCACCCACACCAUAAACAGAACAAUCCAAAGCUUCAACCUUUUUCACUCACACAACAAAAAGAAAAUCACAAACCCCAAAAAAAGAAGCUCAGUUUUCAGCAAUGCAGCUAAAAAGAAAAAGACACACUAGGGUUUUGCAUUGAAUUGAAAUCUUAUCACUCAAUUAGGAAUUCAAAUUUUCAAACCCAACAAAAUCUCUUUUUUUUUUUCCGAUUGUGUGAGUGAAAGCCUUAAAUUUUGAAUUUUUAUUCCUGUGGUGUUUCGUUAUUCAGCAUUGUUGACCUUCCGAGAGAGUUUUCAGAAGAAGGUUCUAGAAGAGCUGUAAUGUCGGGUCCACCGAGAGUCCGAUCCAUGAAUGUGGCUGCCGCCGGCGACUCUGAGCUCCGGCAAGUGCUCGUCCCCGCCUGCAACAAGGCUCGUGCCGCCAGCGACGGGAGGAAACCUGUGAAAAAGCCUUCGCCAGAGACUGUGUCAAAGGAGAAGAAGCCUUCGCCGGCGGCGGCACCGGCAAUUCUGAAGCGGCAGGAGCGCCACCAUCAGGCUCUGCUGAAGAACCUGUCGAUGAAUGCCUCUUGCUCAUCCGAUGCCUCGUCGACGGAUUCCUCCACUCACAGCGGGGCUUCAUCGAGCGGAAAGGCCGCGGCCGUGGCGGCGCGUCGGGUCAGUGUGGUGGCUAGGAAGAAGCAGGGUAGUGUCAAGGCUGAGAAGGUUGAGAAGGUCAACAAUUGCAGUGUGGCUGCUGCUUCUGAUAAUGGUGCUGAGGUGGAUUCAUGUGAUAGCUUGGAGGGCAAGAAAAGAUGUGCUUGGGUAACACCAAAUACAGAACCAAGUUAUGUGGCUUUUCAUGACGAAGAGUGGGGAGUUCCUGUUCAUGAUGACAAGAAAUUGUUUGAGUUGCUCAGCUUCUCUGGAGCCUUGGCUGAACUUACAUGGCCUGCCAUUCUUAGCAAAAGGCAGUUAUUUUGUGAAGUCUUUUUGGAUUUUGAUCCAAGUUCUGUCUCAAAACUGAAUGAGAAAAAGAUAGUUGCACCAGGAAGCACUGCCAGCUCAUUGCUGUCCGAGCUCAGGUUGCGAUCGAUAAUUGAAAAUGCACGCCAGAUUAGUAAGAUAAUAGAAGAGUUUGGUUCCUUUGACACAUUUAUUUGGAACUUUGUGAACCACAAGCCAAUAGUCAGCCAGUUCAGGUAUCCGCGCCAAGUACCAGUCAAAUCUCCAAAAGCCGAAGCCAUAAGUAAAGAACUUGUAAGGAGAGGGUUCCGGAGUGUGGGUCCGACGGUCAUUUAUACAUUCAUGCAAGUAGCUGGACUAACAAAUGACCACCUAAUCAGUUGCUUCAGAUUCAAGGAGUGUGCCUUAAACUCGGAACCAGUCUGCAAAGAAAGCUCCUUCAACUCCAAGGUCAAGGAAAAAGCAAACGAUGAAUCGACAGAGACAGGUCUAUUGCUAGCCGUGAACAAGUUGAGCUUCACCUGAAAUUAGAGUUCUAGAACUUUGAUCAAUGAUCAUAUUGUCAAAUGAGGUAGUUGUCAGGGAACAGGGUAGGUUGUGGAGUGUACAAAAUCCAUAGAGAUAUGAAGUUAGCCGAAAUGCAGAUGUAUUUGAAAAAUGCAAAAUGACCUUUGGCAAUUUCUUCAAGUUCUCUUGUAUUAAAGAUUCUUGAAAUAGUCAUAUUUUGCUCUUAGCCUACCCUUUUAUUUUUAUAUGCUGACUAAUGUGAGAUUGAUCAA